AUGGAGCUCUUCCCAGCACAGCCGGACCUGUCCUUGCAGAUAAGCCCCCCGUCCAGCAACCCCACGCCAACCUGGGGGAGAAAGGCUGAAGAGAGGAUGGACAUGGAGUUCUGGAGAAGGCAGCCCCCUCCUAUGGACUCCCACAGCAGUACCAAUAGCAGUAGCACCAACCCUUCUUCAUCCUCCUCUCCUUCCUCUUGGAUGGCGGCCAAGGCUGCCUUCGAUCUGUCCUCAGCCAAUCCUUCCAUGUCAGACCCCAUGUCCAACACUGGCACCAUCUCCACCCUCCAUCUCCGUUCUCAGCAGCUCCACCAGUUCCCCCACCACCAGGAUCUCGGCCAGCUGCUGAGGCCGAUUAGGGGAAUCCCCCUAUAUCACCACCACAACGCGGCCUCCCUACCCUUCCUGCAGUAUCACCACCACCAUCUUCACCACCAACAGCAACCGCUAUGCGACUCAGCCUCCACCACGGGGGCGGCGCUCUUCAUGCCACAGGGCCUGGCGAGGACGAGAUUCCAGUCGAGGCUUCCCGCGAAGCGCAACAUGAGGGCACCGAGGAUGCGCUGGACCUCCACCCUCCACGCGCGCUUUGUGCACGCCGUCGAGCUCCUCGGCGGCCAUGAGCGUAUGCAUCCGAUUUCUCACAUUAUUCACCUUUCGAUAUGGAAAUUCCCACGAUAGAGAACUUCUGGUUUUUAAGUUUCUUCCUUUUUGCGUCAUUUCAGAUCGAUUUAAUUUUUUUCAUGAGAAUAGGGUCUUGAUUUUCAUGAUUUUUUUUCCUAUUCCCAAGGGGAUUUGACGAGAAAAUUCUAGGACGGGGAGAUUGGUGUCGUUGAGUUAAUUGACUAAUGGAUUAUCUAAUGGGUUUUCAGGGGCCACCCCUAAGUCAGUUCUUGAGCUCAUGGAUGUGAAGGAUCUCACCUUGGCUCAUGUGAAAUCUCAUCUACAGGUAAGAAUAGUUGAUAAUAUUUCUGUCGCAUAUCGCAGUUUUUUCCUUCUGUGCUUUUUCUGUAGCAUUGUUCUCGGGAAAAUGAACGACGGUUUUCCUGAAUCUGCGAAAAGAAGCCCGAAUUCAUUUAUCUUCGAAAGGACUUGUCUAGUUUCGUUUCUUUAUCCACUUUCCUUUCUUCUAACGCGCUCCGCUUGAGAGUCUCCUCCUAUUCACGUGGAAGAAAAAUCCACUGAUGUCGCUCUUGAAUCUCCAUCUCGAAAUGUGGUUCUCCUUCGUCUAACAUAGCAGGAGGAAAAGCCUUUUUAUACAUUUAUUUGCACUUUUUUCCUUCUUCCCAUUUCUACAAGCCUGCAUUCUCUUCGUGCAUUUCCUUCUUGUUUCCUUGAGAUAUGGAAACCUGUUCUACCCCCUCACAAAAGGGAAAGAAAUAAAGGCAGCCCUCUCUCUCUCUCGUUCUCUCUCUCUCUCUCUCGUUCUCUCUCUCUCUCUCUCUCUCGUUCUCUCUCUCUCUCUCUCUCUCUCUCUCUCUCUCUCUCCCUCCCUCCAGAGAUCUGUGGGCGCAGCAAGUUAUGAGGCAGCUUUUCGCGAAGAAGCUGAAAGACAUACCAAUAAAAGAAGAAAGAAAAAGGAAAUCAGUGAGUUACUACGGUCACAGGAAAAGCCAAACAAGCAAGAGCCUCUCGGUCAGUCUAACCAACCCAGCUUCAGGUUGUAGAAGAUGGCCGAAAAAACAGAAGGAAAAAAUGAAGCGGAGAAUGAAAGCUGAAAGCAAAAAGAAAGUACAAUGCACCAUUAUCCUUCAAUUAUUAUCCUCUUUCAUUCUUCUCCCUUCUUAACACAAGCAACACCCAUUCAGUUUGCUUUAUCCUAACUCUCAAUCUCUGAAGACCAGCAGCCUUCUUGAAUAUCCCCAAGUCUAUCACACACUAAGAUCGAGUUUAUCAUGGAAUCCCACAUCCGAAAGGGACAGCUGGCACGAUUCUAUAUAGUCCAUUAACUUCAUCAUUUGUAACCGCAGAUGUAUCGUACAGUGAAGAACACUGACAGGCCGCCGGCAUCUUCGGGUGAACCAGGUACCCUCUCUUCCCACCCCCCCCCCCGGGCCCAAACCAAAUGGCGAACUCCUGAUGGCUAGACCUCCUAAGAAGAGAGUCUUUCCUGUCUUGAGGAGGUGUUCUGACUGGUGGCGUUGACAUCUCCAGGUCAUUCUGAUGGUUUUGACAACGGGUCGGCCGGAGAACUCUCCGACGAUAACUUGGUUGACCUCAGCUCUCGCGGAUGCCAGUCUUCUUCUGUUCAUCAGGGAAGGCCGGGUGUGAACCACGAUGCUGAUCCCUGCAGUCUGUGGAGCAACUCCUCGAGGUGAUGUCGCAGCUCUGUGAUCCCUCUUCUGAUAUGACUCGGGAAUAUCAUUUUCCUGUUAUACGGAUUAUCUUGUUAGAGAUAGAUACCAUCCUAGCUUAACUAAUCUCGGUGUUAUGAACAUGAUCACAUUAAGUUAAAGGAUAAUGAUUGCAUAUUAUCCAUUGCUUUCCCGAUCAUGUCGAUCCGUUUCUCGCUCUACGUAUCUUCGACCUCCCCAGUUGCUCUAGCUGUAUGCUAGUCCAUAUCAAAAAAUGGUUUUCUCAUAUGUGAAGUUUACUAUGAUUUAACAGUUUAAUGCCCACCAAACGUUUCCCCAUAUUUCGAGCCAUCUUAGGUGACGACCACCUUAGAAUACUUAUUAUAUCAACUGUCAUGGAGUGCUGUAUAAAAGCAUGGGCUCAUGAACUGAGGAAGAUGUAUAACAGUAAGUAGAUUAUAAAUGAUACAGAGAACUGGCCUUUCAUGAACAUAGGAAAUCCUCUCUUCCUCUCUUACACAGUCACAAGUGUACCGUGUCUGGUGUCCCAUUUUCAUUUGGAGCUGGCCACAAAAGGCACGUGGGAGACAUGCCUUUGUUCCGUCUGUCCGGGAUCAGGUAGGCAAUGGCAACAUGAUAGUGCAAUGAUCUCUUGUGGGCAGCUUAAAAAGAGAACAGAUACUUAAUACCGCUCCCAUUCCAAGGUAAAGACUGAUAUGAGAUCUACCUGAAAAGGGGCAAGCCUCCUCUCUUUGUUUGGAUUCCCUCUGCCCUUUCACCGGGCCCAGGGGGGGCCGGGGGGAAGGGGAAGUAGAGACCCUCCCAACUCGAUAAUGCACGACCCAACACCUCUGAAACAUCCCUGCACCUUGUUCUAUGGGUAAUGGCAGACCUCACAUGGGCAUGAAGCCUUUAUCUUCGACCAGCGCAAACAAAAUGCCAACGCUUGCAGGUCUUCGUAUACAGGUCAAUAAUAAAAGACGGCUUUCUUUCUCAGUCUCCUUUUUUCUUGCAUGAACUCUCUCUCUCUCUCUCUCUCUCUCUCUCUCUCUCGUUCGCACUACCCUCACUAUCGCUUUUUCGUCAUGCAGCAGGGGAGGCUGGAUGCAUUGCAAGCCGAGGGAUUCGAGAAAUGGAAGCAUCUCACCGCUUGAGGUACAACACCGUGAACUGACCCCUCCGGGCUUUUAUCUUUUUCUCUCUGCGGUUAAACUCUGCAUGGAUUUAAAUGUUUUAGAAAAGCUGAACCCUAGGGGAUGGUCACUCCACGCCUCCUCGAGCCUCCCUUCUUCUUGAAGGAGUGCGAGAUGAGCGGUCUGUAGACCACGAUAAUGGAAAACUGCCAUUCGUACUCCAUAGUUACCUCCCCAUCAUGCUUUCAUGAUCACAGCAGAUGGCAGUGAUCUGAGGAGCACCUUAACACUCGGCAUUCCCCUGGAACUGGUGGUCACAGCUCUCCCUUUUCCUCUUCCUCUGACACUGCCAACCAACACACCCCACGAAAAAAGGAAGGGGUUGCUUUAAAGGCCUGGAAUGGUGGGAGGAGAGCGUAUUAUCAACAUCAUGACUGCGCCAUAUAAGGGCUUCUCUGAUUUUGUGUCUUGCAGAGGGAGACAGAACAGCACGAAGGUUUCGUAGUCGGGUGUGAUUUGAACUCGUCCUGCUUAACGGAGGCCAGCUCCAUAAAGCCUAACCUCGAGUUCACCCUCGGGCGCCCUCGCUGA